GUUUACUUUAAAGAUUUUUAUUAGCUAGUUGGCGCGCCGAAGAAUGUUGUACAUGUCCGCUUUCAUCGCACACUUUGUUUGAACUCUGAUCCGUCGGUGCACUUUUUUCUCCUCACUCGAAGAUGGCGGAGGCAAAGCUUCAAAAGCUCCACACGGCUGGAGUGAAGUCGGAGCAGUCCGCUUCCAAACUAGCCGCUUUCGUAUCAUCAUUUCGACGUGGCGACGCAAUCGUUAGACUGAACAUGACGCGCUCUUCUGUUGCACGAUCGGCAACAAGUGCGACGUUGUCCACCAAUGCCAUCGCCACUUCUCGUCUCCAGAACGACAAAGGCACAGACACUGUCGCGUUUUCGGCUACUAGUACUUCUGACAAUGGCGACGCUGCGAUUCGAAUGGUGGCAGGCGGACCUUUGGAUUUUGGACCCUCCUCCAUCACUUCUCCGCCGCCUCGACGUGCCGAUGCGCCUUUUUCGCCUUUUGCUGGAAGGGACUUGACCUUGCCGCUCACGAUGAAAGAGAACGCAGCGAAUGUUUCUUUGCGGGCGUUGGCUGGACGAAAGCGAGACUAUGCUCCGACGGCUGCAGACCAAUCGUAUCGCCAUUGCGCCACGACCAGUCAAUCCACUCCUAGUACUGUAACUCCCGUUGCCGUGUCUGUUUCUCCUCUUGACAGCGAUUCUCUCGAGGCAGGCAUUAGCGACGAAGAAAUGAACAUCUUGCGCGAGUGGCAUCUUGCUCACGACAAACCCAACGAUCCACCACUCACUCGCGUGAAGCAAGAGACGAACCAUUCCACGACCAAGCUCUCCCCGAGCAAGCGCCAAAAGUUGAGCGCCUCCAUCUGCACCACGCCCAUCAAGAGCAAUCGAAAGGACAAAAGCAAUGGCGGUGAAACUGUACAUGGAAACGCCAAUCAUGGGGACCAUCAACGUCAAGCUGUUGUCAAAGAUCCUGUUUUCGGAUUCUGGUACGACCCGGACGACGGUGCAAAGCAAUGCUCUAUUCAUAGCCCGACUGUUCUUGUGAAGAAAGCAGGUACUACUACUCCAAUGGCACCCCGUUCCAUGAGCCACAACGCUCAUGCUGGGAUGACACUAGCAACAUCCAGAGUUCAGCAGCAGCCAUGGCAAUCGGUCCCGUUGUACCCUCAGGAGCGGGCCAGGGAGUAUUGGGUGCUGCAGGCUAGCUACAUGUUCCAACAGGCGGAACAAAUGAUGCGCUAUGCCGAGAACCACUAGCUAGCCGCGAUGUGUUUCUUUGGGUCCGGAUAGAUGACUUUGCUUGUUUGCAAGUGGUACGAGUCGAGUCAAGUCUGCAGCAGAACUCAUCCUUCCAAGGUAGAAGGUGCUGUUUCCCACCAUUCAAAGGCUCUCUCUUGCGGCACCAGAGACAGAAGAGCUACUACGAUAUAUGACUGUAUUAUUAUGGAUAACCAGGCAACCACAGGGACUGAGACUGUGAAGAGCUACGGUUGUACUUCAAAUAAUGUAGAUAAAAAUGUGUUUUGUCUGAUUGGAUCAUGUUAUAGAGUUUUGUUAUGAGCUAAUGGUACAUUCAAAGUUAUGGAAUAGCAUUGAUUGGAUCAUUUUUAUAUAGUUGUGUUAUAAGCUGU